UUCCGUAAUUUUAUACUGCAAUUCAUGAAUUAUAUAUACCGAGAGAGGCGGAGAAUUAAUCAAUCUUGACAAAGCGUUUUAAAAAAACCAAACGGCGUCGUAUCCAUCACAAACAAACACUCCUCCGCCGCCGCUUCUUCAGGGUUUCCAAUUUCUGAAUCCAAAUCCCUAAUUAACCAAUGUCGUCGUCGCCCGCCGGAUACAGCAGCCUCCCUCCGUACAUCGGCGCCGGCGACGAUUCCGGCGUGCUCCUCCGCAUCAAGUCUCGCACGGAGUCGGUCUUCCCCACGCGCCGCUCGUGGCGCGAGCUCCUGUCCCACCCGUCCUCCUACAACUUCCCCGACGGCCUCGCCGACCUCUCCGCCCGCCUGAGGCGCAACCUCAGCUACUUCCGCGUGAACUACGCGAUGAUCGCGCUCGUAAUCGUCUUCCUCAGCCUGCUCUACCACCCGAUCUCGAUGGUCGUGUUUCUAAUCGUCCUCGUGUUCUGGCUCGUGCUCUACUUCUCCCGCGACGAGCCGAUCGUGCUGCUCGGCCGCGCGGUGGACGACCGCGCCGUGCUGGCGGCGCUCGCGGCCGUGACGGUGCUGGCGCUGGUGCUGACGAGCGUGUGGCUGAACGUCGCGGUGUCAGUUGCGGUGGCGGCGGCGGUGGUGGCGGCGCACGCGGCGUUCAGGAUGACGGAGGAUUUGUUCCUGGAUGAGGAUGAGGUGGCGGAAGGCGGUUUGGCGUCGGUGGUUGGAACCAGGUUUUGAGGAAAUUAGGGCUUUUUUUGAAUUUGGGGGAAUUUUGUUGUUGUUGCAGAAAUUGGAGUGGCGAUGUGUUUUGAUUAGCCAUUUCUUUUUCCGAUGAAGAGGUUAAAUUUGUUGAAAGUUAAAAACCAAUUUUAGUUAAUUUAUUUUUUUUUUAUUUUGAAAUGGUCGAUUAUACGAAUGAAUAAUAAUUCUUUUAUUGUGAUGUGUA